GGCCAGGGCACUUUGUGAUUACUCCGACCAACUCAUUCAGCAUCAGUUCCCCUAUGGCUAUGCCUAUGGUGGUUGAACCGUUCAAUGAUAGGUUUUGCUGAAAGUUAGCUGGCGCUGAUGGAAAUUGUCGACCCGAGACUUGGCGAUCGCGAGGAAGAACUUCAAUACGCGGACACACAACAUUGUGGACAGUUCAGUUCGGACCAGCAGUAUGGCAAACAAGACUUCAUCAGUGGACGGUGGUGCGCCUGUGUCCUCCAGCUUGUCGUCGCGUAUUGUCACCGAGAUCAACAUUUACCCUAUCAAGUCAUGCAAGGCUGUGUGUGUCGAAUCGAUCACCGUGGACAAGCUAGGCCUGACGGAUGAUCGACGUCUCAUGCUGAUCGACAGCAACAACCGCUUUCUGCACCAGCGCAAAUUUCCCAAGCUGGCCACAGUCAUAGCGGUGAUCAAGCAGAACAACACACUGCAUCUCUCGGCACCCAACAAGGCGCCGGCCGUCGUUGAGAUAUGCCGGGUGUCGCGUGCAGAUCGACCCGUCCGCAAUGUCGGAGUCUGGCAAGCAACUCUCCCGGCUAUUGACCAGGGCGACGAGGCUGCAGCCUGGUUUCAGUCGAUAUUCGACUCGUCGCAAUCGUUUGCUCGUCUUGUCGCCAUGCCAGAGCUUGACUCAGAAGAGUGUGUUCCUCGGCCAAUCCCGUUCCCGGCCUCGUGUCCCAAGAUCCCAGAUCGGCAAGUGGGUUUCUCCGACUCUGGGCCAAUCUUGGUCCUAUCCGAAGAGUCACUGGCCGAUCUAAAUGCACGAUAUGAAGCUGGCUGGCAACAGUCAGUGCCCAUGACACGUUUCAGACCAAACAUUGUCGUGAAGGGUGGCGGUGUGGAGGCGUUCGACGAAGAUAGGUGGCUGGUUGUGCAGAUUGGCUCUGUUCCAUUCCUGGCUUAUCAGAAAGCAACGCGGUGCAAAAUGACCGGUGUUGAUCAGGCGACAGGUGAGGUGGACAAGGUUGGACCACUGGAAGCGCUGAGGACGUAUCGCGCUACACGCGGCCCUGCACACGCCGAGUUUGGCCAGUACCUGGUUCCCCUGAAGGUUGGUGGUGCCAUUAACGUUGGCGACGCUGUGAAAGUGCUCGGGUACAAAAAAGGUUGAAGGUGUCGUCCGGCACACUACGUGCGCGCGCGCACAUACCCUCGCCAGAACUCAGUGUCAUGUGCUGUGGUGCCCAUCCCACAGUCCUACACUUUCCUCGAUGGUACGUGUAUCUUGCGGCGUAUCAUACGGUUUGAUCAUUCAGUGUGGGGUUUUGUGCACGGUGUGUCUGGGUGUGUUCCAAUUCCAUGAGCAAUGCUGUUCAUAAAGCUGCAAGUGCUCGUUGGGCAACAGCACUAUGGCCAGACUGCCAUGUACGAUGUACAUGUACUGUGCUGGGUGCACUUGAUCAACUGUUGGAGCAGUGAGGUCUACGUCACUACUAGCUUUUUUAUUUUAUUUAUUUUUUACUUGAAACCACGCACCCAAUUCCUAAAACAUUUCCCACAAGGAGGAAAUGGCAAAACAACAGACUAACAAGACAUUGACUGAAUGGGGCUGUUUACGCUACUCUCUGCAAUUUGCAUGCCACAUCUAAUGGGAGUAUGCUGAUACAGUUCUCUUAUAUCCCAUCCCCCAACGGUUGAACACGAAUACCAUCGUUAAUGGAAUUAGGAAGUUUUUCGCUGAAUUAUAGGAUAAGUAUGUGGUUUGGGAAUUAGGACUUUUUUUAAAGUUUUUCACCUACAUAGAAAUAUGAGUAAAGGGUGCGUAUCACGCUGAUCACACCUCUUCACACGUCUAUCACCAGUGCAUGACUAGGAUUUUCUAUGUUUCUAUGUGCGUGAGAUUUUUUAUAGGUUUUUUUUACUAGUAAUUGGAAGUAAGUUUAAUACUGCGCAGAUUUCAGCAAUAUUACUGACACCUACACCUACAUGUAUUUCUAUUGCUUGUAGGAAUUCCCCUAACAGUGUUACGAAGCCAGGAUCAUUGACAGUUGCAGUAGGCAUUGUCUUUUCACAAUCUUUCUCAAUAGAUAGCAAUGAAAAAUAUCAAUUGUGCACUCAUAACCAUGUAUAAACAAUUAAAAUGAAACAAUUC